AUGUCUUUUGGAGCUCGGUCGCUAGGAGCGUUUGGCGCGGGCUCGCUUGGCGGGUCUUCGGGCACCGGCACUGUGACGUCGGCCGGAACUCUCCAGGACCUGCAGAACGACAUUGUGGUCCCCAAUGGGCCGGAGGACUCGAUCUCGGAUCUUGCGUUUUCGCCUGUCGCAGAGUUUCUGGCCGUGUCGUCGUGGGACCGCAAAAACAGAAUCUACGAGAUCAACACGGGGACAGGACAGGUAGAAGGGCGCGCGCUGUAUGAGCAUGAGGGCCCCGUUCUGAGCACGCGGUUCUCUCUGGACGGUGCGCGGGUGAUCAGUGGAGGAGCCGACAAGCAGGUGCGGCUGUUUGAUCUCGCGUCGCAGCAACAGCAGACAAUAGGACUACACAGCGACACGGUGAGGGUGGUGCGGUACGUGGAAUGCGGGCCUACCAACACACAGUGUGUUGUGAGUGGAUCGUGGGACAAGACCAUCAAGUACUGGGAUAUGAGGCAGCAGAACCCGAUUUGCACGCUCAACAUGCCGGAGCGCGUGUACGCGAUGGACUCGUCGCAGAAGCUGCUUGUUGUUGGCACAGCAGAGCGCCAUAUCGUGACGAUCGACCUGAACAACCCGGACAAGAUCUUCAGACAGAGCAUGUCGCCGCUCAAGUACCAGACGAGAACGAUCGCGUGCUAUCCGAAGGGCGACGGGUUUGCGGUGGGGUCGAUUGAGGGCCGGUGCGGUAUUCAGUACGUGGACGAGCUGCAGCAGAAGGAGUUUGGGUUCUCGUUCAAGUGCCAGAGAGAGCAGAAGACGGCGUCGAAGGAGGUGAACAUAUAUUCUCUCAACUCGAUUGCGUUCCACCCUGUGCACGGGACGUUUGCCACGGCCGGGUCCGACGGAACGUUCAAUUUCUGGGACAAGGACGCACGGCACAGGCUGAAGGGCUAUCCGUCGCUGGGCGCCACGAUUCCGGUUGUCGGGUUCAACCGCACGGGAACGAUCUUUGCGUACGCGUUGAGCUACGACUGGAGCAAGGGCCACGAGUUCAACCGGCCAGACUACCCGAACGUGGUGAGACUGCAUCCCUGCAAGGAGGAAGAGGUGAAGCAGCGGCCCAAGAGAAAGUAA